CACUGACGUUUCUCGAUGAGCCCCGGUCGAGACAGACUGGAGAGAAUGGCUGCCAGUGGAGCCGCUCGGUUAAUGUUGCAGCAGUGGAACAGCACACGAGAGGAGACACGAAGUUGUGAGGUAGGGAAGCUGUCACAAGUACAAAAUGGGACGCCUCCAACGACCAACUACAACGGGGUAGACGCCGUUCAUGCCUGCAACAUCCUUCAGCAGCUCAAAGCCUUGUAUGAUGAAGCACAGCUCACAGACAUUGUUGUGGAAGUGGACCAUGGCAAGACUUACCCAUGUCACCGAAAUGUCCUGGCAGCAAUCAGCCCAUAUUUUAGGUCCAUGUUCACCAGUGGCCUUACAGAGAGCAGCCAGCGUGAGGUCAGAAUUGUCGGGGUGGAGUCUGAAUCCAUGCACCUGGUCUUAGACUAUGCCUACACGUCCAGGGUCACGCUCUCCGAGUCUAAUGUCCAGGCCCUCUUCACUGCAGCCAGCAUUUUCCAGAUUCCCGCACUACAGGACCAGUGUGCCCAGUUCAUGAUCAGCCGGCUUGACCCACAGAACUGCAUCGGGGUUUACAUGUUUGCUGAUGCCUAUGGACACCAGGAGCUGAGGGAACGCUCACAGGACUACAUUCGCAAAAAGUUCAUAUGUGUGUCAUGGGAGCAAGAGUUUCUCCAGAUGACCAAGGAGCAGCUGGUCAGUAUCUUGAACAGCGAUGACCUCAACGUGGACAAAGAAGAGCACGUCUAUGAGAGCAUUGUCCGCUGGCAUGAGCAUGAUCGGCGUGGUCGUGAGGCCCACCUACCUGAGGUGUUUUCCCAGUGCAUCCGUCUGCCCUUGCUGGAUGAGGCCUUCCUCAGUCUGAUACCCGCCCCCUUUGCUUGUGCCCUGUCCCUGUCUAAAGACCCUGCUGAGGCUAAAGCCCGCCUCACUGGCACCAAUGGUUGCCCACAGCGCCUGGGCAUGACUGCUUCUGAGAUGGUCAUCUGCUUCGAUGCCGCUCACAAACACUCAGGGAAGAAGCAGACGGUGCCUUGUCUGGACACGGCCACGGGGAGGGUGUUCAAGCUCUGCAAACCACCCAACGAUCUCCGGGAGGUCGGGAUCCUGGUCACCUCAGAGAAUGACAUCUUCAUCGCCGGUGGUUACCGACCGAGCAACAGCGAGGUGUCCAUCGACCAUCGAGCUGAGAGCGACUUCUGGCAGUACGAACACGCAGCCAACCGCUGGCUUCCACGCGCUCCUCUGCUGAGAGCGAGGAUCGGCUGCAGGCUCGUGCACUGCUGUUGGAAGCUCUACGCGCUAGGAGGUCGGGUUUAUGAAGGCGACGGGCGGAAUGCGUUAAAGUCGGUUGAGUUCUACGAUGCCAGAGACAACUGUUGGACAGCGGUCAGUCCCAUGCCAGUUGCCAUGGAGUUUCAUAGUGCUGUGGAGUACAGAGACCGAAUUUAUGUCCUCCAAGGUGAAUAUUUCUUCUGUUAUGACCCACGUAAGGACUAUUGGAGUCAUCUGCCCCCCAUGACCGUCCCCCGGAGUCAAGGUCUGGCUGCCCUGCAUAAGAACUGCGUCUACUACAUCGCCGGCAUCUGCAGGAACCACCAGCGCACGUUCACCGUGGAGGUCUACGACAUUGAGAAGAACGUGUGGUGCCGCACGCGGGACCUCCCGUUCGACCACGCCACGAGCCCUUACAUCAAGGCCAUGCUGCUACAGGGCAAGCUCCACCUGUUUGUACGGGCCACGCAGGUCAUGGUGGAGGAGCACGUGUUUCGCACCAGCCGCAAGAACUCCCUUUACCAGUACGACGACAAGGCGGACCUCUGGACCAAAGUCUACGAGACGCCCGACCGCCUCUGGGACCUGGGUCGCCAUUUUGAAUGUGUGGUGGCCAAACUUUACCCACAGUGUCUACAGAAAGUGCUUUGACGUAGCGCACGUUGUGAACCCAAUCUUCUGCGGCAGACGGAGGAGGAGGAGGAGGAGAGUCGGCCUUGCCUGCCUGCCUUGUGCCUGGUGUUACCUUGGGGUUUUCACCAUCAGGAUCUUUUUUCUUUUUUGUUUUGGUUUAGUCUUAAGUUGUCAAAAACUUCGGUUUAACAUGAUCAAACAUGGGGGUGCUUUUGAAAGAUUGCAGUAUUUGUUUUUUUAUCCGGACGGCACCAUCGACCUACACAGACGCUUGUUUAAGAGAAAAACCGUACAAUGAAUCAUAAGUGCAAUUAUCCUUUUUUUGCUUCCUGUUGAGCCAUGUUUUUUUUGUUUUUAGAUUAGGCAAACGAUAAGCAUGCGAUUUGAGGGUAUUGGCGGGAUGAUAGUGCCCUCUGGUGGUGUUGAUGCUACAUGUCGGCGUAAAAAGAAAAUCUUUCUAUAUAUAAAUAAUUAUAUAAACUAUAUAUUCAUACGGGUAAGAUGAGUACCUUAGCUUAUUAGUUGGUUGUUGGCUCUGAGGUUUGUGUGUUUUAUUACCUUUUCUGUUCUCAAGAUUCUCUUUAGCUUGUUUUAUAGAUGAGUUUGAAUUUGAAGUGUGCUUUGUGAUUUACAUUACCUUUAGUGUUUGUUUUUGAAGCUUGAAUAAUAUCGUAUGUAUGGGCCCCCCCCCCCCUUCUUCUUACACAAACGUCAGUGUGUCAAACAAUACACUAUGUGUGGCUUCCGAGCUAAUUUUAUUUUAUUAUUUUUUAGUUUGUGAUUCCAGUCGCGUGACGCGGCUCGUGAGCUCCCGCGUCUUUUUGUGUCAUGUGUGCGAGUGAAAGACAACUUAAGAGAAACGCCAGAAUGCACCUUCUCCACAUUGGAGAACUAAGGACGGAGUCAAAAUCUGUGACAACACUAAAUGGGAAAAGUUCAGACCAACUAACAGGCUUUACCUCAGAAACUUCAGAGAUUUUAGAGUUAGGAUAAAAGGGACAUUUGCAGGCCGUCGUGUCGAUGAAGCGAACUGUGUGAAAAGCUCAGUUUAAGCACUGAGCUCUGUUGAUUUAUUUUAUUUUAUUUUUUUUGGAAAAAGGUGUGGCUUCUUCCUCGUAAAAUGCCAAAAAAGAAAAAAGCAUUUGAGGUCUUGUUGGCGUUGAUCUGGACGUCGGAAACAGAAUUUUUGUGGUAGCAAUAACUCAUGGAACUGUGAUUAGGCUAUAUGAUGAUGUUAUAUUACCUUAGUAAGAAAAGAAAAAAAAAGAAGAAAAAAGUGCAUUAAUCGUUUUUGUUUGUCUGUCUCUGCUAGUGAAAAUCACACAGGUUUCCAAUAAUGAUUGUUUUUGGCUGUUGUUGCUUGAAGUGAUGCGGAAUUAGGUUUGGUGCAAUGCCAAUGUGCCUGUGGCUAAAAAAAAAAGAAGAAAGAAAAUGAGUAAAGUGGCAUCAGAAUGAAAACAAAAGAGCUUCUGGAAAGUCUUACUCAGCGCCGCACUGAUGGUGCGUUCCAGUUGUAGACGGAAGUCGGGAUUUCCAAGUCGGAACAACCUCAUAAACAUAAAAAAGAUGGAACUCUAUUUCACAAAUACAGUUUAAUAUCAAACUUAUUUUAGCCAACAACGGCUACACCGAGAGAUGUUUGCGUCCAUGUUUUUCCCCAACUCGGGAGGUGAAGUCGCUUCCCAGUUCCGACUUCCGACAUAAAUGGAACGCACCAUGAAUCACUCUCCACUUCAGCAGGUUCUUCACCGCAGGAACUUUUACAAAGCUGACUGUAAAGUGGGUGUGGCUCCGGUUUUGUCUUUUCAUGCCACUAAAAAAAGAAGAAGAAAAAAUCACAGAGGACACAAACUGUUGGUGCUGCUUUUUUAAAACUUUGAUUUUUACAUUUUUUUUUUUUGACAAUCUUGUACAGAGACGAAGUAAUCCCCCCGCCCCCAGCGCUGAGUGGCGUUCCCUGUGUGACAUUUUCAGUUCCGUUGAUUUCCUCAUGCAGGUUCCUGUGUCAUCUUUGCACUACACAUCCCCUCCCCUUUGUAUUUUAUCUUAACACAGUGUCCCUCAAUAAAAGGGUUUGUUUUGUUUUUUGGUAACCACACAGCAAUCAUCUAAUAAAAGAGAUUUACAUGGAAACUGAUAAAUGAUAAACUAGGAUCCAGAUCCAGAAAGGACUUGAGGAUAUAACUUCUCCAAGAGAAGGAUCCACUGUUGGACUGACGUUUUUUGAGUGGACUUUAAUGUGACGUGGGUUUUUUGGAAUUUCAGUGAAUUUCAGAAGAGAAGGUCUGAGCUUCAUCGACGCGUCUACAGGCGGCCAUUUCGAGAACCAGGAAACGGGAGAACUCUCAGGAUUUCUACUGAAAACACAGUACUGUAUUUAAAUGUUCUUUUUUGUUGUCAUGUGUAAUAUACUGUACUAUAGGUUUGCUGUACUUGCACAGUUUCUUUUAUAACUUGAAAAAAAUAGAUGUGAUUUCUUUCUUUUUUCCUUUAAUUUUUUUUCGUUGUCUCAGUGGCUGUUUUUCUUUUUUUUUUAGUUUAUUUGUGUAAUUAGUUAUAAUAGAGUAAUCCUGCUCUGUUGAGAAAAGAUAAUCCACACGAGUGAUAUAUUCAGUAUUAUUUUUUCUUUCUAACAUCUCACCGAAAAACUAAGCAUUACAGUUUAAUAAUAAAAAAAGACAAACAUUGUUAGGUCUUAAAUCAAAAACACCAGUCAAUGUACAAACAACAAGCUAUGGAAAGUUGUGUCUGUGUUUUGAAAGAGUUUGUGGCCUCGGGGGCUGCCGUACUUUGGCUUUUUUCUGGUCAAACUCCCCGCGUCGCUCGCUCACGGGUGCUACUCUCCAUAUUCCUCAUGCAUUUCUUGCCUCACUUUUACUUUUUGCUGGUUCAUCUUGUUUUUGUUUUUUGGUUUCGGGUUGUUGUGGUUGAGCUCAACUGUGAAACACAUUGCACAUAAUUUGAAAAAAAUAAAACUAUUAAAAUUGUAA